AAAAUGGCCGAUCAGCGAAGGAAACUAUCAUGGUGAAAACGAGGACAAAUUCGCCUAUUAUCCGCACUUUGCGGUCUGGAAAUGGGAGAGGGAAAAACAUAGGAAAUAUAGAAGAGAAGGUUCCAUCUAGCGAUGAAAGUGGACUGGAUUCAACACCUUUUCCAUCUAAGAGACGUCGUUUACGAAGCAGAGGGGCCUAUAAUGAUACUCACGAGUAUCCCAAACUACCGGCCUGCACCGUUCCUUUGACGCGUUCGACUCGUCGAAAUGAAAGCCUCUUAAAUGGACCUACUGUUCAUGUGGAAACCAGGAAUUCGCAAUCGCGUAAGCGAGGAAAGAGAGGAAGGCCUACGAAAUCUAUGCCACAGAAUGACAGGAAGAAAACCAAAGGAACUAUCGUGUAUAAGACACGGCGAAGCGAUCGUAAACGGCGAAAGGUGUACGAGACCUUGAAUGUUAGUAUGCUAACAGAUCACCGUUACUUGACUGAAUUUGGGAAUUCGAAAUCCCCCAAGAAAGAAAUUGAAAGGAGCAGAUUCCUGCACGACGAAGAUAGCGAAUCUCAAACCGAGGGCGACGAGGAUGUUGUUGGAACACCCAGCAUGUAUGACCUUAUAAAGAGAAAACAUGAUCAGACUCCAACACCAGAAAAAAGAUCAAGUAGAAAUAGAAGACAUGGCGAUCAGCAAGAGGAAAGUGACAAUGAUGAAGAUGAAGAAGAUGAUGAUGACGACGAAGAUGAGGAUGAUGAUGGUGAUGGAGAAGAUGAGGAAGGGGAGGAGGAGAAGGGUAUUAAAGGUUAUGAACUGAGAAAGAGACGAAUGAUUCCAAACCGAUACAUUGCACCUCCUUUGAAGUCCAAGGAAAGAGGCAAGCGAAGAUUUCAUAUGAAUGUAGAGCCAAGAAAGAGAGGUAAAAAACCAUCACAGUAUGCAUCUCCAGUCAGAAGAGUCCGCAGACCCAAAAGAAAAGCUCAUCAUGUGAGCUCCUCUACUUCAUCUUCUGAUGACUCAGACAAUGAAAAAGAUGAGAGAAAGUUUGAACGCAGGAAAGCUAAGAGCAUGGCGAAAGCCAGGGGUCGCUGUCUUCCAAUGAACUUUACCAUGGAAGAUACAGCUUCUGGAAUUUUCAAAGAAAGAGCAAGAAUUGGAUCUAGUUUAGCAGAUGUGGAUCCUAUGAACAUUGACCAAAAGGUCAUGUUUGAUGCAGUUGGUGGUCUUAGCAAGCAGAUAAGGGCUCUGAAAGAAAUGGUUUUGUUUCCUUUGGUGUACCCUGAAGUUUUUGAGAAGUUUAAGAUUGCUCCUCCAAGAGGUGUCUUAUUUCAUGGUCCACCAGGGACUGGAAAGACACUUGUUGCACGAGCCCUUGCUAAUGAGUGUAGUCAAGGUGACAAAAAAGUUGCAUUUUUUAUGAGGAAGGGUGCAGACUGUCUUAGUAAAUGGGUUGGUGAAUCUGAAAGACAGUUGAGACUGUUGUUUGACCAGGCUUUUAGUAUGAGACCAGCCAUCAUAUUUUUUGAUGAGAUUGAUGGUUUGGCACCUGUACGCUCAAGUCGUCAAGACCAGAUUCAUAGCUCUAUUGUAUCAACUUUGUUAGCCCUGAUGGAUGGAUUAGACAGUAGAGGUGAAAUUGUGGUCAUUGGUGCAACCAACAGGAUUGAUGCUAUCGAUCCUGCACUGAGGCGUCCUGGCCGUUUUGACAGGGAAUUUCAGUUUGCUCUUCCUGAUAGGAAUGCACGAAGAAGUAUCUUGACCAUUCAUACUCGUGACUGGGAACCUAAACUAUUGUCAUCUUUUGUAAGUGAGGUAGCAGAUCGCUGUGUUGGAUACUGUGGUGCUGAUAUCAAAGCUCUUUGUACAGAGGCUGCACUUUUUGCCUUGAGAAGACGGUAUCCACAGAUUUACAGCAGCACAAGAAAACUGCUAGUAGAUGUCAACUCCAUCGAAGUAACUGCUAAGGAUUUCCAAAAAGCAAUGACAGCCAUCAUCCCUGCCUCUCAGCGAUCUGUGGUUUCUCCUGCCAGAGCCCUCUCCCCCCUCAUGAAGCCACUUCUCAAAAAGACUUUGUCUCAAACAUUGGAGAUCCUUGAGAAAAUAUUUCCCCCUGCUCAUAUUAAGACAGUGACUGAAAGUAGUCCCAGUAGCCUGAUGGGUAACCCCAGUUGUAGCAACAGCAGCAGCCGUCAUGAUCAGCGAGGCAGAAUGGUUGCUGUUUUAAGUGACGAGGAAGCAAGCUCAGAUGAGGACUUGGGACCUCCAAUCUUCGAGUCUCUUCCUGGUUCAUCAAGAAGGGAGCGCUAUUUGCGAAGAAUACAGCAAAAUUCCAACAGUGUUGAGUCAAUGGAAGUCUCCCAUUCUUCUUUCUUCAGCAGGACAGAUGGUCAAAAUAAGGGAAUGUCAACUUAUCGACCCAGACUCCUCAUAUGUGGGAAUCAAGGCAUGGGCCAGUCAACACAUAUUGCCCCUGCACUACUUCAUGCAAUGGAGCACAUGAGUGUGCACUGUUUGGAUUUACCAGCAUUAUAUGGAGUUGCUUCCAAGACACCUGAAGAAGCUUGUUCUCAGCUGUUUCGUGAGGCACGUCGUACAUCACCAUGUAUAGUGUAUUCACCCCAUUUUGAUGCUUUGUGGAAUGCCACAGGAGACAGCCUGCAUGCUACAUUACUAUCACUGCUUCAGGAUCUCCCUCCAGGUGCUCCUCUGUUGUUUUUGGUAACUGCAGAUGACUGUUGGAGUAACCUUCCCUCCAUAAUGAAGGAACUGUUUUCAACAGAAACAGGACAGGUAUUUCAAGUUGCUGAUCUGUCCUUAGAUGAGAGGAGAGCUUUCUUUCACAGUCUGUUCCUCGAAGAUGCUAUUCUGCAACCCAAACCCAAGAGAUCAAGAAAAGAUAAAAUAGUGGAAGUGUUACCAUUUGCUCCUACCCCACCCCCACCGCAGUUGUCAGAAGCUGAGCUACUGAAGGCUCGUCAAGAUGAGGAGAAUACCAUGAGGGAACUGCGCAUCUUCCUCAGAGAUGUUACCUCAAAGCUUUUACAAGAUCGAAGGUUCAAAGAGUUUACCAAACCAGUGGAUUUGAUGGAGGUUCCUGAUUAUCUUGAGGUGAUUGAUGAACCAAUGGAUCUUGCAUCAAUACUACAGAAAAUCAACUGUCAUCAGUAUAGUACUUGUGCACAGUACUUGGCAGAUAUUGAUUUGAUCACAAGUAAUGCUCUUAAGUACAACCCUGACCAUGAUCCAAUGGACAAGCUUAUCAGACAUAGGGCUUGUGAACUCAGUGAUGUGGCACACUCAGAAAUCAAAUCGCAACUGGAGCCAGAGUUUGAGAAGACUUGUGUAGAAAUCAUAGCAGCAAGGGAAAGAAGGGGUGACAAAUCAACUGCUGCUGCUCCUGCAUUUGUGUUCACUGUUCCACUGAAACAACAAACAGCAACUGAGGUGACAGCAUCAACACCGCUUCAAGAUCAAGUAGAGAAAGCAGCAUUGGGUGUCUCUGAUAUAACCUUUGUAUCUGAAUCCCAGUCACAAAGUAAUGGCACAAGGCAGAAGAAAAAGCCAAGAAGAAAGAAAGCACCAAUCUAUUGGGGAAAAAAGCCAAGUAGAAGGAAACUAGAUGUAAAGCAAAAAUUAGACUCAGAGAUUGAUCAGGUUACUCAGGAGUUUCUGGUUGAAGUGAAUGGGGAACAAGCAGAGAUCAGUGGUGAAGCUUUUCCUGAUGACUCUGGAGAUAGAUCAACCAAUGAGGAAACUGAAAAAGAUCCUGGGGUGAUCUCUGAUAAAGAAGGUGAUGUAGCAAACCAUCAAGAAGAUGAUGAUGAGGAGGAGGAGGAAGAGGAAGAUGAUGUUGAAUUGAUGGAGAAUGGGGUUGCACCCAUUGAUGGGGAAGUGGUUUUGUUACAUCCAGAGAAUCUCACAGCAGAAAUUAAAAGUGGUGAGGUGAACUCAGGGUCUGUUCUUCAAAACAAUUUGGUAGUGCCCAGAAGACCUAUUGGAAAUCAUGAUUUAUCAGCAACAUUGUCCAGUCUGCAAAAUGGGGUCACCUCAGAUGUUUGCUCAGAAGAUAUUGCAUCGGAAAGUGAAUGUGACAAGGAACCUGAAGACUCUUCCAAUAAUCCUCAAGAAAACAAACAGAACAAAUCUGCAGGCUGCACUUCCUGGGGUAGUACUGCACUCAAUGAAGACGUCAUAGAGAAACUAGAAACUCUCCUGAAUUUGCUAGUUGAUGCAACUAAGGGGGCAUCUAUCGAAAUGCUAGAGAGAUAUCACAGUUCUCUUCAGUGCUGUAUCCACAAGCAGAGACACAAUCAUGAUAAAGGAGAGCUUCUGAAGGAUUUGGAACUGAUGAUUAAAGGCUAUGGACGAUCUUCAAGAACUGUUUACUCAUUUCAAAAGUGAUCCUCAACGGUUAACUUGUAACAUAGUCUCAUUACUUUCAAAAGUAGAACCCCACUAACUUAAACUGUUCAGAAAAAGGAAUACAGUGUAAGACCAAAGUGUUCAAGUUAGUAAAUUGUAAGCAACUAAAAACCCUCCUCCAGAAAUGUGGCUCUAAGAUUACUUUAACAGACAGUUCCAGUUAGUGAGGUUCUACUCUUGUUAAUAUUUGGAUCAUUAAUUUAUUAACAAUUAAUUUAUUUUGAAUUGCUCUUUUCUGUGAAAAUAAUAAUAACUUUUGAGAUUAACUUUAGUGUCUGUAUAGAUGGACAAUUUUUUGCAAAGCAUUAUUACAUCUAUUUCUGCUUACGCCUGACAACCUAGAACAUAGAUUGUUGGCUAAAGUUAAAGGCUAAGUUUUCUACAUCUUUUUUUUUCUUUCUCAGAAAUAGCUUUUUAUUGCAGUCAUAUGUUAACCAUUAAAACAAACUAUCAAUUAAUUCGCUGAUCACCAUUUUCUGAGGAGGAGUGGAGAGGGAGGGGAAGUUCAAAUUAGGGUAAUAUAUAUUUUUGAAAACAAAGAACUUAUUUUAAAUGGUACAAAAGUGUAACAUUCUUGUAUUACCAUUCACUGCAUUCGUAAAUAGUUGCACUGAGUUAAAAUGAGGUCAUGUCAUCCUUUAAUAAAUAAACUAUCAAUGAUGGAAAAGCUUAAAAAAUAAUAAUAAAUGAAGAUUUCCCAGGACAGAGA